AAAUUAUUUGAUCUGUCAAUUAAAUACUGAAGUAUUAUAAAUGUGAACUUGGCCCACAAUCUAAAUGUUGAAAUAGAUACACAAUUUCCCUGAAGUUUGCACUACCAUUCCAAAUCACUCAACAUGAAAUUUCGUUUCCCACUACCAAACAUUUGUUUAAUCAUUGACCAAAGUCAAACCCUACCACUUCUGCACUAAAACCCCCCACUAUAAAUCUUGUUUCUCAUACAUCAAUUUAUUUCAUCUCAAAUAUUACAUUUCUUGUAAUUUUAUUAAUUAAGCUUCAAAUUUAUUGUAUUCAUAUAAUUAACAAUUAAAAUGGUGCAGGAAAAGAAAGUGGUGGAUCAAGUUUCGGGGUGGCUAACAUUGUUCGAUGAUGGCUCCGUUGACCGCACGUGGACCGGACCUCCACAAGUCAAGUUCAUGUCCGACGCCGUCCCGCCGCACCACCACUUCGUCGACGGCGUCGCCACCUCCGAUGUGAUCACCGACGGCGGCGGCCUUAAGCUCAGGAUAUACUUGCCGGAGAGGCAAGAAGGAGACCUGGAAAAACUACCACUACUCCUCCACUUCCCCGGCGGAGGGUUCUGCAUCAGUGAGGCGGAUUGGUUCAUGUACUACGCCGUCUACACGCGCCUCGCACGCGCCGCCAGGGUAGUGGUGGUGUCCGUCUACCUCCGCCGUGCGCCGGAGCACCGCCUCCCGGCGGCGUGCGACGACGGCUUCGCCGCCCUCCUCUGGCUCCGCUCCGUCGCCGGCGGAAGCUCCCACCAGCCCUGGCUAAGCGACAACGCCGACUUCAGCCGGGUUUUCCUCAUCGGGGACAGCUCCGGCGGGAACAUAGUCCACAACGUGGCGGCGCGUGCGGGGGAGGAGGACAUCACCCCGCUGAGGAUCGCCGGCGCCAUACCCAUCCACCCCGGAUUCUGCCGCUCACGGCGGAGCAAGUCGGAGCUGGAGCAGCCGGAGACACCGUUUCUGACACUUGACAUGGCGGACAAGUUCUUGAAACUGGCGCUGCCGGUGGGUGCAACGAAGGACCACCCGAUCACCUGCCCGAUGGGGGAGGCGGCGCCGGCGGUGGAGGAGCUGAAGCUGCCGCCGUAUCUGUACUGCAUGGCGGAUCAGGACCUGAUGAAGGAUACUGAAAUGGAGUUCUACGAGGCGAUGAAAAGGGCAAAUAAGGAAGUCGAGCUCGUGACGAGCCGCGGCGUCGGCCAUAGCUUUUACCUGAACAAGAUCGCCGUCGAUAUGGACCCGAAAACAGCUCAAGAAACUGAUAAAUUGUUUCAAAAGAUCAAAGAAUUCAUCCAAAACCUGCUUUGAGUUUCAAUUUGGUAUAUAUAUGUUAUCAAUAAUAUUUGGUUCAGCUGCCUUUUUAAUAAAUUUUAUGUAACUUUUGUAUGUGUUAUUGUUGGUUUCAGUCCUGUAAUAUAUAGUGUGCUGGAGCUCUGUUUCAUGUGUUAAUUUUGGUUUCAGUUUUAUGUUUUUAUUGAGUACAUGAAAAGUCAAAACUAUAGUGAAUUUAAUAAAAUUUGGUGCGAUGCACGCGGUUGGUGUAAAAUUA